UGCGCAUGCGCACUGCGGACCGACCGUCAUGGCGGAGGCAUUACAAACAAACCAGCCCGUUUUAUCCAAAUUCGGAAAUACACAUUAAAACAUGCACAGUGACAAGAAACUAAGUAAAGAAGACACGUGGAGACCUGCUGAAUUAAGAAAAUACAUCAGGGAGACAGAACACGGAGAUGGCUAUAUGAGGAGGCGAGGGGAUAGUGAGAGAAAGUACCGUGGCGGGGAAUCUGCAGAGAGACAGCACAGAGACCAAGACAAGGAGUCCAGACGAGAAAGAGAGAGGCUGAAGGAAAGAGGAGAUGAAGAGAAGAAAUAUACAGAGCGACGAAAAGAGGGCUCACAAGACAGGAGAGGUGACAAGGGAAGAGAGAGAGACAAGCUGACCGGUGGAAAUAAGUACACUGACGACUACAGAGAAAACAGGGAGCGGAAAAGAGAAAGAGAAGAAAGGCAUGAUGGAAUUAGGGACAAGGAAAGACACAGAGAUAAAGAGAAAGACAGGGUGGCAGAAAGAGACAGACUCAAGGAAGAGGGAAGGGACAAUAGGAGGGACGACAGAGACAAGGAAAGGAGGAGAGAGGAACAGGUCAGAGAGCACAGGAGUGACAGGCAGAGUCGACGGCAUGAGGAGAGUGGAGAAAGAAAAAGAGAUGAGACAGAGAAACAUCACAGAGAGCAUCGAGAUCACCACCGGGAGAAAGAGGAGCAUAGAAAUGAGUACAAAGUCAAAGACAGAGAAAUUCAAGAGAGACAUGGAAGCAGAAAACAUUCCGAACAAAAGGAGGAUAAAGAGUACAAUGAAGAACAUAGGAAAAGUAAGGAGGAGCCUGAAAGAAGACAUAGAGAGAGAAGACAUCAUGAUGACAAACAGAAGCAUGACAGUGACAUUAAAGGGUCGGGCCAAGAGGUUAGACAUCUUCGAAGUGACAGAGAGCGUGUUGACAAGGAGAGAAGGCACAGAGAUGAUGGAGAUGUUGAAAGAAAACAAAGAGAGCGGAAACACAGAGAGGAUGACAACCAAGAGAGAAAACAUCGAGAGGAAGAGGACCAAGGAAGAAAACACAGAGAGAGGAGACACAGAGAGGAUGAUGACCAAGAGAGAAAACAUCGAGAGAGGAGACACAGAGAGGAUGAUAGUCAAGAAGGAAAACGUCGAGAGGAGGAGGACCAACAAAGAAAACACAGAGAAAGAAGACACAGAGAAGAUGAGGAUGAAGAAAGAAAACAUCGAGAGAGGAAACACAGAGAGGAUGCAGAUCAAGAAAGAAAACACAGAGAAAGGAGGCACAGGGAGGAGGAAGAACAUCAGGAGAGGAGAGCUAGAAAAGAGGAAAAAGACCACGACAGAAAUCACCCUGACAGAGCCAGCUCUAAAAAAUCAACAUCUGAUUUACAGAGUAAACCAGAGAUGGAUACGAUAGAGACAGAGGAUGUUGAUAUAGUUUCUGAACAUUGGACAAAUGUUGUGAAAGAUGGAGACACAGAAAAGUCUGAAGUCAAAGAUACAGAUUUAGCUGAUCAAGAAUAUGAAUAUGAAGAUGACUUUGAGAAAGUGGAUUAUGAAGAAGACUUUGAGGAGAUGGAUGAGAGUACAAAUGAAGGUGAGGGCGAGGAAGAAGAGAGGGAGGAGAUCACAGCUCAGCAGAGAAAGGAGAUCGAAGCCAUUCAAAGGGCUAUUGAUGAGGAGAAUGAGAGAGUUGGAACAGCUCAAUCCAGGCAAAGCACAAGCAGAGAGGAGGAAGACAGGCCGAAAUGGUCUAAAGGCUCUGAAAAGAACCAGAGUGGAUCGUCCCAACGCGGAAGAUUUAUUGACUUCGUAGCUGCAAAGAAACGUGAAGUCAGCCAAAAAGUUGCCACCAAGCAGAAGAAGCGAAGUACAGAGCUGCUUCGCCUCAUAGAUUUGGAUUUCUCCAUGACGUUCUCUCUGUUGGAUCUGCCGCCUGUCAGUGAAUAUGACAUGUACAUCAGGAAAUUUGGGACUGCAAACACCAAACAGGCUUAUGUUCAGUGUAAUGAGGACAAUGCAGACCGAGACGUCCAGACAGAGGACAUAGAAAUGUGUGAGAAGUGGACGCAGCAUCCACCGGGGUACAACGGGGCCUGCGGAGAUCCAAACCUCUCUCAGGAAAUUCGAAACAACGCCACAAGUGAACUGAACUUUGACUCGCAGCGCCUCAUCUUCUUUUUACGCUCAGCUUCACAGGUCAUGGUGGUGCUGUUGGAAGAAGACCAAGCUGAGAGAAACUCACUGAGAAAACUGAAAACUCAAAAGGACACUCUGUCUUUCAGCGAUGGAAGUUUACAACUCAACACAAAAUUGCCUUUCCUUCAUGGUCGUCAGGUUAGCCUGUUGCACUUCUCUCCGGUCCAGAGACACACCAUGAUGUCUGUCCACAUGCCCACAACGAAGCCCAGCGCUGUGCCUCUGGACAGCUGCACCGUCAUCUGCAUCUGGAACAUCUGGGAGCCGUCCAGACCUCAGAAGAUUCUAGUCUAUGAAUCUGAGGUGAAGUGCUGCUGUUUCAGCCCGGGAAAGGCCACACUGGUGUUUGCAGGCACGUCGGUCGGCUCUGUGGUGCUGUGGGACCUCCGGGAGCCCGCCAGCAGCCAUCAACAACUACAGCUAGGAGAGGAGGAGUGGACCUUCAGACAGCCCACCUUCUCCACUGAUGCGGUGAUGGCUGGCUUGGGCCAUUUUUCACCCGUGUCAUCUAUAGAAGUUGCCCCCUCUGCAGUGACUGGGGGGCUGAGGCCCGACGUGCCCCUUUUAGCCUCUGAGGAGGAGAUGUCAGGACUGUCAUUCCAGCUGGCUUCUCUGGAUGAAAGCGGGGCUUUGAAUUUCUGGGUGGUAGUGGAGCUCCCAAAAGGCAAUGAGGCCGGCUCUCCGACAGAUUUGGGGCUCCGGCCCGGGGGCAAAGUCAAGUUGCUCCACAGCUCCGUUCUCCUCACCGCUGAGAGAGCCUCACCUCGAGAUGCGGUGAAAACGGGACCGUUACAGACCCUGCUUUUAAAAUUCCUUCCAACAGACUCCAAUCAUUUCUUUAUCGGCACUAAUAUGGGUCUGGUCAACCACGGAACAAGUCACGGUUUGAAGGCUCCUCCAAAGUUUUACAGAUUUCAUGAGGCUGAAGUUCGACCCGUUGACGUCACCUCCAUCCACUUCUCUCCUUUUAAGCACAAUUUGUUCCUGGUGGGUUGUGGGAACGGCGGCGUCCGGCUGCAUGUCGUCAGCCAGGAGCGGCCCGUGGCAGAGUGGGAGAACAGCACAUCCGGCGAGCCGGUGGUGUCGCUCCAGUGGGCUUCAACCCGGCCGGCAGUCUUCUGUGUGCUCGACGCCGGCUCUAACCUCCACAUCUGGGACCUGUUAAAAAAUGACGCCGAGCCGGUGAUCAGUGAGCGAGUGGACGCCGAUAGGGUGACAACCAUGGCUGUGUUUGGAGACUCAGGACAGCAGAACACAUAUUCAGGAGUAGCACUGGCACACGAGUCAGGGAAAAUAGAAAUGCAGUAUUUCUCCAGAGAUCUCACCGUUUCCAGCCCUGCAGAGGAGGACAAGCUGGAGAGUCUGAUGACUGAAGCCUUCUGAAACACUUCAACUAGAAUGUCAUUUUGUAUAUUUAUUUAGUUGUGAGAAUAAUGUAGCUAAAUACCAAAAAUCCUCUACAGAUCCUCUACGUUUAUCACUAAAAUUAAUUAAAUGAAACAUCUGUGUAUGUUUGCUGAUGUUUUUACUUCCUGUUUGAUAUUUGUGUUUGUA